AAGAUACCAACAAUCACAAACAUCAUUCAAAUAAUACACUAAAUGGCAAGAUAUUGGUGGGAAACAGAACGCUAAUCCUAUUUGAUCUAAAGCGUGCCAAGAUGGGGGCCAAAAGGAUGAUCCAUCAAUACCUCAAUGUCAGACACGAAACAUGCUUUUUAGGUCGCAAGAUCAUUGUGAGGUAUUGUUUAUAUCCGAAAUGCAUUGAUUGCUGUCGCGUGCGAGAUGAGCCAGACCGAAGCGCUGCUAGAGCAGGAAGCCGAGAACGCCUCCCAGGUCUCACCGCCAUCCCCUUACACCGGCUCUGUCCAGAACGAGCAGCAUCUUGAGACACUGGCCGAAACGACGGAUGCCGUCGUGUUCUUUGUGGAUCAUAAUGGCAAGAGGUUUAUCUUCCCGUGGGUCGAGUCUAAGACAUGGCAGGGUAUGAAAAACCUGAUUGAGCGAGCCUAUUCGCGUGGUGAUAAUUCUGCGCUUUUACCUGAGGUCGCAGAGGAGAAGUUUGAUCUUUUGCUUUUCAACGGAGAUGUCGCUCUCCCUGAAGUAUGGGGGGCCGUAAUCCGACCGAUGGAGACAGUACGUCUGUCCUUGUGGUCUUUGCCAUACGUGACAUCUCCCCAACCACCACCGGAACCACCGGCAGUAGCAGGGGCUGAAGCGCCUGGUACUGGUACUUCGUUUCCACCCGAUCAAGAACUCGAUGACGUUGUUAUCAUACAGGAGAGGGGGCAGUCGCACCGCCAUAAGGGCGCGACGAGAAUUCCUAAACGCUUUGCCAGGGAGCAGGAUGAUUUCCUCGUUAUCCGCAGAGCUCUCAAGAAGAGUCAAAUCGACGAAAUUAUCAAGAUGAGCGAAUCCUGGCGGGAACCAAUCGAAGAACAGGUCAGAGCGCUCGAGGAAGAACGCCGAGUUCUCGAAGAGGAACGCCGCAAUUCGCCACGCUCUGGGUCACGUUUUAGGCCACGCUCUGGGUCAAACUCGAGAUCGAAGUCUCGCUCUCAUGACUCUCGUUCUCGCGCUCGGUCCCGAUCGCCUGCCCGAUCAGUGUCCGGAUCACGUUCCCGUUCUCGAUCCCGCUCUCAAUCUCGCGAUUCCGUAAUUUCAUUUCCAUCCAGCGAAGAAUCUUCUUUGGAGUCUGUCUCAGAUGCGUCGAGUUCGGGUAGCGUUUCCACUGACUUCGAAUCUCCUAGGCCCUGGGAGCCCCCCCGGGACAGAGAUGGCAAUCAUCUGUCCUUUCUCGCAAAACACUCUGAAGUCUCUGACCAGGUUCAAUCAGAAGAAACAAGCCGCAAGCCUCCAGCCCCUCGGCCUAUGAUAAAGGAGCCUGUUGAUAUCUUAGAGGCUCACAUGGCUCGCAUGUCUUCAAACGAAACCAAAACCUAUGUGUUUAUCCGCCAAGUCAACUCCCCCCAAAAGCCUGGUAGCAAAGAUAUUGCAAGCAUCCGCUGGCAUCACCUCCAUGCUUUCGACGAAUUAGACUUCUAUGCGUUCAAGGAUGCUUGUACUAGCGUUCCCAAAGUGAGCACUCAGGCAUGCCAUGCCGUUUCAACGCUAUUGGCAAGAGUGGAAACAGAAAACAUCAAAACUGCACUGGAUGGUAUGUUCAUCGAACAGGGUACAGUCCUGCGAUGCGACUUCAAAGACGGCCAAGGCAAGGAGCAUGCUGUCAUAUUCUCUUGCGUUCCAUAUUUCGAUCUACAGGCUCCGAUGAAGCCAAGGCUCAGUAGAGGGCAGCGCCUCCAUCCUGUCAGGACCCUGAUGUCCACGUUAUAUCCGUACGAAGAUGUAGUGGAGCGUGACCGAGAGCAAGCAUUCCGAAAGCAUGGAAACAACUCCUCGGAAAGUAUCAUCCAUGUGCCAGUCUUCUGGAUGCUCUGCAUCGGCUCUGAGGCGAUUGUAACAUGCGGCUAUAAAACGUUAUCAGCAACAUUGGGUCCAUCCAUAUUGAUGGAGCGUGACAUUCAGAAGCUCGGAAGGUUAGAAACUGCUGUUGACAUUAGAUUCACUGACUGGGAAGGCCGGGUUUUCUUAUUUCCACGGGAGCGAUGCAAUACCUUCUUCGAGUUCGAACAGAAGGUUCGAGAGAUACGAUCGGCGUCGGCACGACAGGCUCCCAUAAAGGGUACUCUCAAGUUUGUGCUUGUGCAGGAGAAGGGCAAAACGUUGCUGAGACCCGGCAAUUGGGUUGAAGAGGUCCAUUCUUUGAAGACUACCUUCGUUGAUAUUUUGAUUUUGAAUGAACCGGGACACAUGUCUGACGGGACUGAGGCUCUUGAAGAAUGGGACUCGAAAGAAGAAAUUUCACAAAAUGGCGCAACUCCUGAAAAUGACUCCUCGCAGAAAGACGCAGCUGCACUUGACACAACUAUUCGACGACGACCAUUCUUAGCCUGGAAGUCGUCAACAAUGCUGCAAAACGAAAUAGAGGGGCUCCGUGAAAGGGACGCUCCCGUUGAAGAUCAAAAUACAGCAGAGAGGACCGGGAUGAUCAAGAAACUGGCUUUAGUGGAAAGGAACCUUCUCUUCGACACUCUAGAAAACGAUGUCGUUGACCACGACGUUGACAAGGGGUUCGCGUCAACCGACUACUAUAAAGGCCUCUCGGAGCGUAAAUUCGAAACAGCGAUAGACGCCGUAGGCAGACUCAAGGCUGGGGCACCUUUAGAGCCACCUCUGCUUUUGAAAACCGACUUCCGCCCCGGAGAAUACCAAGGCCCUGGUCUUACUGAUGAGAUACACAGCAGGAUAAUCGAUUUCCAGCGAUAUAACAUCGCCAGGCUUGCAAAUAAGUUACUUCGGGAAAUAUCUGAAACGUUCUCUCUAUAUGUUUCCGACCCUGAUAUGAGUCCCACAUUGGGGAAAGUUUGGUCAGCUCUGAGCAUGAUAGCAGCGGUUCUUCAAAAAGCCGUUGACACAGAUGCGCAAGUCACGGGCAAAAGCAAGGCCAAGCUCUGGACACUUCGCAAAAGAUCCGAUUUUAUAGACAGGUCCUUAGCUCCAGAGCUCGGCUCCUGGCUCCCACAGCACAUCAAAAGAUGUAAAACGUGUCGAAAGGCCGAAUUCGCGACUGAAGACCAGGCAAUCAAGCAUCUACAGAAGCAAUGUGUGAGAGACAAUAUGUGGAAACCAAUGGAAGGCGAUGAACAUGACCCAAACCCGGAAUUUCGACCGUCUCUUCGCAGUGAUUCGCAAAUGCGCUUCGAGGAGCGUAAUUCUGCAAUCAUCUCUAUCCUUUCUAAGAGCAUCAAAGGAAUUUCAAAGCUUCGAUUGCAAGCCAUGGAGCUUGCAGAGGGAGUCACCUUCGACAAAGAAACUGUUGCGGACCCAUAUGCAUUGCCACUAUCACUAGUUGAAUCGUUGCGGAGGUUCGUUGUCUUGUUCUUAGGAGUUGAACGCGCCAUAUUCUUCGUCGACAACCGUUUCAAGGAUUGGAAGCUCGAGCACAGGAAAGAAAUUAUGGAAUACUUCACAGACGGCAUGACUGCGCUCCAAAGAUUUGAGUCUAGUGUCCAUAUCUCACUCGCGGAGGCCCGGAAAGACCUUUGUUUUAUGGUUCGAUCUCCCCCGAGCGAGAGCAACUUUCUCUUGAAGCUUUCCGUUGGACCUGAGUUCAUCCUUGCGUGGCUAAUACGCCGCCUCCUGGUCAAGCCCAUAGAUCACAACGUUGGGACACCCGAGUUGUAUCGAGAAUACCUCUCGGCUCUUGCAUUUCAAGUCAAUCACCAUCCUCGGAAAAGACUACUCCGGGACAUCAAUCUUCUACAAGAGGAGCUCCAUGCGUUGGACCAAGUCAACAGAUGGCAGGUAAAGCUAGUCGAAAACUACAUAGCUGUUCUUGACGACAAUUCAUUCGCAACCGAAAUCGCUGGUCGCCGAGCUCUCUUCGAACAUGAAGAGAACCUCCUUUCUGGCUUCAUGCCUGACCUGCUAGAUGAUCACGAAGACUACGUGGAGCUGUUAGGGCGAUGCCAGCCGCUGAUAGAGACGACCAAGCAAAGCACGGAGAUCAACGAAGAGGACCAUGGCAAAGCAAUCUUGGUGUUCACGUUAGUGACCAUCAUUUUCCUGCCACUGUCUUUUGUUACUUCAUAUCUUGGUAUGAACACGAUCGAUAUCCGCAAUAUGGAGAACAAGCAGUCCCUCUUCUGGGAGAUAGCUCUUCCGCUUACUGCCGUUACGGUUGGAUCGAUUCUCUUAGUUGCUUACAAUGGCGAUCAAGUCCACGAUUUUGUUUCGUCGGUUUCCCAUACACUGACUGGAAAGAAGUCGAAAAAGAGUAGACACACCUUGUCGGUGGCUCAAAGAAAGAGAUUCACUGCAGGCGUUGGCUCCUCGAGCGACCUUGACUAUAGGAGCACUGCAGACUCGGCGGAAUAUGCACUGCCAGUCACUAACCCGCUCGCUGGAGUGAUUAGUAGGCUGCCUCCGCGUGUAGCUCCAGGCAGGACUAACACCAAAGUCCACUACGAAGAUGACUAUUACGGCGAAUCGAUAUCAGCGAUCAGGAAAGACUCCCGCUCUCGGACAUACACAACCCAAAGGAACGAGAUGGCGAUGCCGGCCCCUAUGAGAUCACCGGCAGUUAUGCCCCUGGAGAGGGGUCGUCCGACCUAUGCAAGAGUGCAUCGGAAAUACGUCACGUCCGACUCCCUAGCUCAUUUUGGGUUGCCUUGGGAAUACGAUGCUCAGGACCCCUACUACGUGAUCAUUACGAAGGAUAUGAGCACUUAUGACCUCGACGAACUAUUUGAGCAUAGUCGCCGUGCCAUAAACCCGCAAACACGUACCAAAACGCGACGCAGGAUCCCCAAGAUUUAUGUAGAUGAUAAGAAAGCGGAGUACACUUGGGUAAGGAAGAAGGCGAAUCGAGGGACACACCAUGGUGAAACUUCGGGGCGGUCGCAAAGGAAGGCUGUGUAUGUGGAUUAGGGCUACUCUUCAGAUGUGUUGUUGCUUCCUGAAGCUGCCUUGUAGGGUCCCAAAAUGGAAUAUGUACCGACCGUUCUACAGUGCCAGGUUGAUGUUGAUUAAAUGCCACCACACAUUCGCCCUUGA